AUGUCGACGCAAGCUAUCCAGUCUGCUGCUUCAUCCGUUGCGGAAUCAGUUCCCCGAUCAUCCGUCGUAGAUGUUGAAGAGUGUCCCAGAGUCGUUGCCAGUGCCUCCGCUCCACAAUCUCGAGAAGACGUUUUUCUGCUGACGGUAUUGGUGAAGGUAGUCGAUGCAUACGGACAAGACCACAUAGCACGUGUUCUGCUCGACAGUGCCUCUCAACCAAAUCUCAUCACGGAUCGUCUGGCACGACGAUUGCACUUGAAGCGGACUUCUGUGAACGUGACAAUUCAGGGAGCUGGAAAUACUUCAAAGAAAGUGAAGGAAUCAAUCUUUGCUCGAAUCAAAUCGCGGAACGACAGUUUUGAAUGCGGUGUGGACCUACUAUUAAUGGAUACCUUGACUGCAGAUCUUCCAGCACAAGAUAUAUGCAUCGCAGACUGGCAGAUUCCUCAAAAUUUGUCAUUGGCCGAUCCCAUGUUCAAUAAGAGCCAACAGAUUGACAUGGUUCUGGGCGCAAAACACUACCACUCUUUCUUUCCAAGUACUGCUCGUCUUCAGUUGGCCGACAAUCUUCCGACACUGGUAGACAGCGUUUUCGGUUGGGUAGUAACGGGAUCAGCAAGCAUUAUUCACCCUAUUCAACGGCAAUCUAUUACUCCCAGUGUCGUCGCUGUUUCUAUGCCGACACUUGAGGAAUGUAUCGAACGUUUUUGGAAAACUGAAGAAUUGACCGUUGACAACAAUUAUUCGGUAGAGGAGUGCCACUGUGAGGAUUUCUUCCAAUCCACAACGUCUCGUGACGAGACAGGCCGCUACAUUGUCCGGCUACCACGGAAACCCGAUUUCGACGCGAUGCUAGGUGAAUCCAAAAUCGGUGCUCUUCGUCGCUUCGAGCAACUCGAGCGGCGACUAGAACGGGACCAAAAGCUGAAGGAAGAAUAUCACGAUUUCAUGAGGGAGUACCUCUUCCUCGGCCAUAUGCGAUUGGUCGAGUUGGACGAUGGAAACCGCACAUACUAUCUUCCUCACCACCCCGUAAUUAAGGAGGCAAGCACGACCACCAAAGUGACGCGAGCACUCCAGCAUGUUGCAUCGGAUGAAGGUAAUAACAAACCAGUAGCCGGCCAAGCACUUCGAAAAAACUUUAAUGUAGACGAUUUUAUUGGAGGGGAAAAAAUCACCGAGGAAGCUAUCCAACUACGAGAAGAAUUGGCGAACUUACUCUUGAAAGGUGGAUUCAUGCUGAGAAAGUGGACAUCAAACCGCCUUGAAGUACUGCAGGGGCUCCAGGAUGACCAAAUCGGAACGCAAUCAAGCCUACAGUUUACACCAAACGAAUCGAUAAAAGCGCUAGGAAUUCGAUGGGAACCAGAGUCCGAUACACUUCGUUUCGAUUCCCCAAUACAGCAACGUAAUGAGCCUCCAACAAAGCGAUCAAUCCUCUCCGACAUCGCUAGGCUCUUCGAUCCGCUCGGCUUAAUUGCACCCAUCGUAGUCAGAGCCAAAAUCCUGAUGCAGGAGCUAUGGUCCCUCUCUUGCGACUGGGAUGACCCAGUGCCUCACAUCAUUCGACUAAAAUGGGAAAAAUUUCGACUUGAGCUUCCAAGAAUUGCAACCUAUCGAAUUGAUCGCUACGCCUUUCUCCCAGAUGCGCAAAUCGAGCUGCAUACAUUUGCUGAUGCGUCAACGUCUGCAUACGGAGCAUGCACAUACGUCCGUUGCGAAAAUGCUCUGGGUACCGUACGAAUCAGGCUACUUGCCUCAAAAAGCAAGGUAGCUCCACUAAAGAGACUGACAAUAGCUCGCUUGGAACUGUGUGCUUGUGUUCUGGCAGCUCAUCUACAUCAUCGCAUCAAACAAGCAAUCCACAUCAAUGUAUCUGCAUCGUAUUUCUGGUCCGACUCUGCCGUUUGUUUGUAUUGGCUUCGAGCACCCCCUAGCGCAUGGAAAACAUUCGUUGCCAAUAGGGUCUCCGAGGUGCAACACUUCACCCAUGGAAGCAAAUGGAACCAUAUAUCCGGCUCCGAGAACCCCGCGGAUCUAGUUUCACGCGGAAUGUCAGUGGAAGAUUUCCUGCAAAGUGAAGAUUGGAAGCAUGGCCCUUCAUGGCUAGCACACCAACAGUCAUCCUGGCCAAUUUCAAACCUACCUGCCGUCUCGGAGGACAUUCUGGAAACCAAAAGCGUUGUUGCAUCCAUUCAAACAAUAACCAGCAUCAACCCAUGGUUUCUUCGGUGGUCGUCCUAUACUCGACUACUCCACACUGUAGGAUAUUGCCUCCGUUUCGUAACAAGAACACGUUCAAAGGCUAGAACCCAGUCAAUUGCAUCCCUCACGGGAAUCGAACUCGACGCGCAGUCACUCACCGUCCAGGAGCUUGUCAACGCUAAUGCCCUUCUAAUCAGGCUUGCCCAGCAAGAUGUCUUCGGGGAUGAGAUCAAGGACCUGCAGCGAGGAAAUACCGUAAUGAAGAAAUCGCCAAUACGUCGAAUGUGUCCAUUCAUCGAUCCGGAAGGAAUACUACGAGUAGGAGGCCGAUUGAACCUGUCUCAGCUUCCAUACCAGUCCAAACACCCUGCCCUCCUCCCAAAAGAUCAUCCAUUCACCAGGCUAAUCGGAGAACACUAUCAUCGAAAGCUGCUCCACGGCGGCGGGCGUCUUCUGUUGUCGUCGAUUCGUGAGGAAUACUGGCCACUGAACGGUCGUCGUUUAGUCCAUAGCAUCGUACGCAAUUGUUUCCGGUGUAUACGUCAUCGUCCGCAGCCCGCUCACCAGCAGAUAGGUCAGCUACCAGCAGCGAGGGUUAUACCAAGUCGUCCCUUCUCCAACACAGGCGUGGAUUAUGCUGGUCCUCUAUAUAUGAAACCCAUCCAUAAACGAGCAGCCCCCGGCAAAAGCUUACCUGUGCAUAUUUAUAUGCUUCGCAACAAAGGCUGUCCACCUAGAGGAGCAAAACGAGAGCUAGGCGAGCUAUUUGCCAGGUUUAGGAGCCAGAACGAGCAGAGCAUUAUUGCUUCUGCUUGCACAGAUCAGGGAAUUACUUGGCACUUGACUCCUCCCAAGGCCCCACAUUUCGGUGGCCUAUGGGAAGCGGCGGUCAAGACUGCCAAACGACAUCUAUUUCGACAAUUGGAAUCUGCGAUGAAUUCCCGUCCUCUUUUGCCGAUGUCCGAUGAUCCUAACGACCUCGCCGCCCUAACACCAGCACACUUCCUCAUCGGUACCUCGAUGUACGCCCUGCCCGACCCAGCCACUCAGCACACACCAGUGGGCGCCCUUGAACAUCUUCAGAAGCUCCAGCAUCACGUUCAAAAAUUCUGGGUUCACUGGCGAACCGAGUAUUUGCAGGAGAUGAUGAGAGAUACGAAGCUUGCAGCACGAAACGACGAGAUCCGGCCUGGAAGGAUGGUCAUCCUAGUUGACGAAAUGGUGCCAACAACCCGUUGGCCACUUGCGCGUAUCACUGAAGUACAUCCUGGAAGAGAUCGAUUGAAUCGAGUUGUUAGCCUUCGCACCGCCAAAGGAGUCAUCAUCCGACCAAUUACCAGAAUUUGCUUACUUCCGUGUUUCGAGCCAGUUCUAGAUCAGGAGCAACGAGAAGAAGAAGUCGACGAUCCAAAUUCCCAUUCAUAA